UCCCCAGGAGCCCUAUGGCGCCACCUGCUGGAUAAGGGCCGCAUGACGUGCCCAGGGAGGGUGCCUCCACCUCCUCCCCACCGGCUCAGGCUCGGGCAGGGCCUCCAAAGACUCCGCCUGGACGGCGGGCAGGCACCGUGGGCCGUGGGACCCAUAGCAGGGCCUGUGCUCUACCAGAAGCUGCUGGUCUGGGAACCAAGCCUGGAGUCUGAGGAGGAAGAGGGUGAGAUAUCAGAGCAGCUCAUUCCACAUCCUUCGGGGCCCCAGGACUCCUCUGGGAACAAGGCUGGCAGUCUGCCCGGGGCCUGGGCCCAGCUGGUGGCUGCCCUGCUGCUGGUGGCCGUUGGCUUCUCCCUGUCCGUGAGGCAACUCCACAGAGAUGCCUCUCCAGGAACCUUGGGCUCUGGGGCCCCUCCAGCCAGUGGGUGCUCCCACAGGCCUGGCGUGUACCACCGCGGCAGCAUCAUCGGCCCUACAGCCACGUGCUCCCACCUGGGUGGAGAGCUGUCUGUUGCCGGGGGCAACGUCGUGGAUGCUGGACUUGCAGCAGCUUUGUGUCUGGCGGUGGUGCAUCCUCAUGCCACAGGGCUAGGUCACUGCCGUCAGCCCCGGGAGCAGUGUCCUGGCCACCGUGGACAGCAGCGGCUCUGUGCUCCUUACCUCCUCGCUCAACAGUUCCUUCAGCUCUGGACGCCUGUCCCCAAGUGCCGGGGUUCUACUCAGCAAGCUGGUGGCCGAGUCUGCAAACAGUGCCUGGGCCUGUCCCCUCAUCCUUCUUGACAGCUCAGAUGACACAGGCCGACAUGUUGGGGCUCAUGCCUUCAGGGACCCCUGCAGCUGCCAGUCAUGACUCACUCACUGCUCAGCCACUUGGCUGGGCCCCAAACCCAGGCCCAGCAAGGACCAACAGAGCCCCGGAGCUUGUGGCCAAGGGACCCUGCUUCAGGUGUCAGCCCCCGCAGAGCAUGCCCAUGUCUCCAGUGUCCCCAGUGGCUGCUGCUCCUUUCAGGGGUUUUAA